GGUGCAUUUCGGGACUUGUAGUUUUCUCCGCGGCCUUGUGGGCGUCGUGGUUUGGACUUCAAGGGGCACAGGAAGGAACCUGCGCGACCCGGAGUGGGUAUGGUCCUGAUGCCCCCUGAGAGGGCCCGUCAGCGUGCAUAGCUUCAUCCAGAGCUCCAGGCUUCUGACUCUUGGAGCUGAGGGCCCUGCCCACUUCUUCCUCGGGUGCUGUGCCGAGGGGCCCUGCCCCAUCGGAAGUGCCUUUCUGGGUCCAGCAUGAACUGGAAGGUCCUGGAGCACGUGCCCCUGCUGCUGUACAUCCUGGCGGCCAAGACCCUCAUCCUCUGCCUGGCCUUUGCGGGCGUCAAGAUCUACCAGCGGAGAAGGCUGGACGCCAAGGAGCAAAGCCUGGGGCCCGCCAAGAAGCAGCCGGCUGAGAGGAGGAAAGAUGACUGAGCGGCAAUGUGGAGAUCUGGCUAUCGAAAUAUCAGCACGGGUGGAUGGGCCCCAGCAGAGCAGGAAAAGGAGAGAGACUUAAUUAUCAAAUUAUCAACUGUGUGUCCGAGGACAAACUCCAAACCCAGAGUUUUAACUUCAAAUGAUGAGAAGUUUUGUAUGAUCAUAAAAGAGCUGGUAUUUUUAUUAAAGUAAAAUACCUUUGUA